AUGAAGGUUGUGUGUAUGGCAGACGGGGUAGAGGAUGGCAAGCAGGUAAUCAGGGAGCAGGUUGCUGCCAGGAAGUUUGCACCUGGCGACCCGAGCGCUUUUCUAGAAUAUACCCAAGUCAUGCACGCUGAGGUGAAAUCUUUCUUGGAGACCGAUUUCGCCUCCUACCUCAACAUUGGCGAUCUCGACAUGGAAGGUCUUCGCCUAUUGUGCAGUGACCCAGAUGUUGAACGUGAAUUCCCUGAAGGAAGUACUUCUGGGGUCGGACCUUCCGCCCCUGCCCCAGGUAUGUAA